AUGUUGGCCAACAAAGUCUCAAGGCAGAAGCCCUGCCACCACUGCAAGAGCAGGCCAGCAGCAGCCCCACCAGACACCUCCACGAUCCACUAUGAGAAGUUCUGGCUGUACCGCCACUGCUCCUCGGUGCAGCAGAGGGACAGGCAAGCUCAGAAAGCUGGGCAGCUCUUCUCAGGGCUGCUGGCCAUGAACGUGGUGUUUCUGGGCUGUGCCUUCAUCAGCAGUAUGAUUUUCAACCACAUGGCCAUCACCCUGGCAGAGGUUUGGAUCCUGCUCUCCAUCCUCAAGGUCUUGUGCCUGUGCUGGAUUGUCUACUACCUGCUGGGCACCAGUCGGCAGCCGCACGCCGUGCUGCACCGCGAUUCCCACGCUGGGCCCAUCUGGAUCAGGGGGUCAGUGCUGCUGUUUGGCAGCUGCAGCGUCCUCCUGAACGCCUUCCAGAUCGGCUACAGCGUGAUUCUCAUCCAGUGCAAGUCCAAGGUGGACAUUAUAUUCCCCAGCAUUGAAAUCCUCUUUAUCUGCACCCAGGCUCUUUUCCUGUGGCAUCAUUCUAAGGACUGCAUUCAAGUCCAGCACAACUUGACCAGGUGUGGGCUGAUGCUGACCAUAGCCACCAACCUCCUGCUCUGGCUCUUGGCGGUGACUAACGACACCAUUCACAUGGAGAUUGAGUCUCAGCUGCGGGAGGUGGAGCAGCGAUUUGCAGGCAAUGAGACUACCUCCUGCACGUGCCCAAACACCACCAUCUGCAAAGUCUUCCAGAAGGGCUACAUCCUGCUCUACCCCUUCAACACCGAGUACUGCCUGGUCUGCUGCUCUGUGCUGUAUGUCAUGUGGAAGAACGUGGGGAGACGCAUCAGCCACCCCGACAUCUCCCAAGCCAAGGCCAAGUUCAGGCUCCAGGGGGUGGUGUUUGGGCCGCUGCUGGGCGCCGUGGCGGUGAUCACCGGGACCUGCGUCUUCAUGCUGUACCAGAUCCAGGCCACGGGCUCGGUCCCAGACCGCCAGGUCUUUGUGAUGUAUUACUCCUACUACAUUGUGCUGCUGCCCCUGAUGAGCGUGGGGGCAGUGGUUGGCACAAUCAUCCACGCCUUGGAGAAAAGGGAGCUGGACACGCUGAAGAACCCGACCCGCAGCCUGGACGUGAUCCUGCUGAUGGGGGCAGCCCUCGGCCAGAUUGGCAUGUGCUACUUCUCCAUCGUUGCCCUUGUGGCCACUGACCCCGUGGACUUGUUGAAUAGUCUGAUCCUGUCCUAUUCUGUCCUCCUCAUCUUCCAGAACAUCACCCAGAAUGUCUUCAUCAUCGAUGGGCUCCACCGGCAGCAUGUUGUAGCAGCAGUGGAGGCCAAACACCCAGGGCACAACGGGCAGCACGCUUCAGAGCUACCUAGUGAAGAGGAAACCAUGGCAGGCAGCAAACAGGAGGAGACACAGACAUCGUCCAGCAACGAGGAAGACAUGAAAGAGCAGAAUCAUGAAGGCUGUGAGCAGAGACGAGUGAGUGUGAUAGAGCUGGGGCAGGAGAUCCGGAAGGUUUCUCUGUCCUACAUCCACAGCUACUCAGUCCUGACCUGGAAGAGAAGAGCAUUAAGGGAGAUCUCCUUCUUCUUGGUUUUGUGCAACAUCAUACUGUGGGUGAUGCCCACCUUCGGGGCUCACCCUGCCUUUGAGAACGGACUGGAAAAGUCAUUUUAUGGCUACUCCACCUGGUUUGUGAUCGUCAACUUCGGGCUCCCCCUGGGGGUCUUCUACCGAAUGCACUCUGUCGGGGGGCUCCUGGAGAUCUACGUCACAGCCUGA